AUGGUCUCUCUGUGGGGUUCGAAGAACAAUGACGAUGAGCAGCUCGACGAUGGCUCAACCACGCCCAGAGGCUCGACCGAAGACAGCAGACGUCCUCCGUCGAGACGUUCCUACGAACGAAGAGAGCGUGAAGCAGACGAGAGAACCAGACUCUUACCGCCUCAACCUCGUCCUCCUCACUCAGAUGGCUACCUAGAUCCCGACGACCCAGCUGUCUCUCCCUACAACCUGUGGACUAUUCGCUUCUUGAGAUAUAUCACUGUCCUUUUCUUCCUCAUCAACUUCAUCUGGUGGGUUUUGCUGUUCGUCAGUAUCUUCGUCUCUCCUCCCGGUCUGCACACCAGAGGCUCUGGUUUCUUCGACUUCUCUUACACCACCCUCACUGCUGGUAAUCUUCUGGUCGCCAUCCUCUUCUUUGCCGCACCCGCCAAGGGCAUGCGCAUCACUAUGGGAAUCAUCACCGCCAUCUUGGCUAUCGACCUGAUCAUGAUCCUUGCCAUUCCCCGCCUGAGAGUUGAAGAGGGUUGGCCGGGCAUUGCUUCGAUUGCCUGGGCCACUCUUAUCGGCCUUUGGUGUGUCAUUACCGAUCGAGUUGUGGCUUGGGGCAAGAGGGAAGAGGAGGAGCGUCUCACUGGUCGUGCUGAGACACGCAGGACACUGCGUGAGUGGUUGGCCGUUUCUAUUGCAACCUUGAUCCUCAUUGUUUAUGCUGUUAUUGCCGUCCUCAUGACCGCAACUCUUAUCCUGCGCGCUCGUGACGCUACUCUGCCUAUGGACGGCGACAAAUACUAUGUCGACGGCGACAAGUACCAGGUCCACCUUGCUUGUCUGGGUAACGUCACUUACACCCCUGAUGGCGUUGCCAACCCAACACUCCUGCUCGAGGCUGGCGAAGGUCCUUCCGAGUACGACUUUGAGCACUGGGCUUAUGCUGCUUGGAAGAAUGGCACUAUUGACCGCUACUGCUACUGGGAUCGUCCUGGCUACGCCUGGUCUGACAGCGCCCCUAGCCCUCACAGCGCUGGUAUGUCUGCCGAUGCAUUGUCUGAGGCUCUGGCCGUUGCUGGUGAGGAGGGUCCCUUCAUCUUGGUUUCUGCUGGCUACGGAUCCAUUGUUUCACGCAUCUUCUCCGCUCGUCAUGUCCGCAACAUCGCCGGUAUUAUGAUGAUUGACCCUCUCCAUGAAGACCUUCUUCACCGUAUUGGAGGCCCGUACAGAGGCUUUGUUCUCUGGGGCUGGGGCAUCCUCUCACCACUUGGUCUCCAGCGCAACUUUGGCGCCAUCUUCAACGGACGCACUCGUGAGGACCGCGUCUACGGUCGUUCGGCUUACCAGGGUGGCAAGUUCAUCAAGGCUCAGCUCCAGGAGAACCUCGUCGCCGAUUCCUUGACCAAGAACGAAGUGGCUAGCGCCCGUACCAUCCAGACUCCUGAUGUUCCUCUCGUCAUCAUCAGCAGUGGCAUCAGCAACCGCCGUGACAGCGAAUGGGAGCGCAAGCAACGUGACCUGACCAAGCUGACUGAGAACUUGAUCAGCUGGGAUGUCGUCAACAAGGCACCCCACGAGGUCUGGAGAACUCUUGACGGCAGAAAUGUCAUGGACAAGAGAUUGAAGGAUAUUGUCAAGCAGGGCUACAGAGCCUACUCGAUCGACGAGGAGGAGGUUUAA